AUGGGCCCCUGUACCGCCUCCUCUUGCUGCUGCCAGGCCCGUAAUCUGCCAUGGGCCCCCGUACCGCCUCCUCAUGCUGCUGCCAGGCCCGUAAUCUGCCAUGGGCCCCCGUACCGCCUCCUCAUGCUGCUGCCAGGUCCAGAGUGUCUCAUGGGUCCCUGUACGGCCUCCCAUUGCUGCUGUCUCCAUCGCCACACUCUGCCAUGUGCCACUUUCAGAUCUCCUCACACUGCUGGUGGGUUCCAUUUUGUCAUAGGGUGCUGUAUGGCCUCCCAUUGCUGCUGCCUCCACCGCCACACUGUGGCUCCACACUCUGGUUUUGGCCCCGUGACUGCCCAAAUGAGUGAAGUGUGCGGUGAUUCUAAGAUCGACGGCACUCAUCUGCAUGUCAUACUGACUGACAGUAUUAUUUCUCUUCCCCAGCAGACUCCAAGGGCAUUUAAAUUAAAGGUACAGUGUUCUGCACUAAUAUAA